AUGCCUUGAAAGUGGUAUCAGUUACCCUCUCCAUCCCCUGUGAUGCGUCAGCCGCGCGGGUUGAGAUUGGUUCAGAUAUCCGCAGUGUCACACACACAUACACACGUGCUCAGCCUACAGCACGCAUUAAAACCAGACAGCUGACGGCAUCUUUUCAUCCAACUCCUCGGAAGACAUUUAGGCUUGUGUUGCAGAUUUGCACGUUCUAUGGCAAACGAAGCGGUACAUUCUGUUGUUGUCAUGCUGCCCCCCAAAACCUGCAUCCCGAAGAAUUACAGCUGCAUGGCUGGUUUGUUUGGGAGCUUGGCGGCAGCAAACCAGUGGAAAGAAGACGGAGAGGAAGAAGGGGAUGGUCUUUGUGAUUCAAGCCUCGAAAAUCAUGUCGUGGAAGAAAGACCAAGAGGCAGGGAGUGCUUUUUGAAACCUCCGCAAAGUCCGACAUUGCGAAGGCGAUGUAAAUCACUGCCGACCCCGGUAGAAAGAGCAAAGCUUGAAAUAGCACGGAGCCGAAGCCCAUCCUCUCACAAAAAGGUCAGAUUCGCCGAUUCUUUGGGGCUGGAGCUUACUUCAGUGAAGCACUUUUGCGACGCCGACAUGCCGGAGGUACCGCAACCUGUAGUAGAAAAAUUUAGGAGAGGAAGCACUAACCAUUUCAGUAACUUCGACAAGUUCCCCAGAAUUCCUACACAGUCUAUUUUCAUGGAAGCCCAGUUCAUUAAUCCUGGCCAGUUACCAGAAUUCUUGGAAAAAGUGCUCGAAGUAAAGGUGUUGUUGGAAUCUGUCGAAACCAGUGAAAUUUGCCUGUCAGGCAUUGUUCGUGUGGUAAAUCUGGCAUUUGAAAAGAACGUCUUUUUGAGGUACACCCUCAAUAACUGGAUAACGUUUUUAGACGUUCUUGCUGCAUACGUUCCGCACUCCACUGAUGGGAUAACUGACAAAUUCAGCUUUAAGAUAAUCACUCCUACAUUUUUGGAAAGUGAAGAUACAUUGCAGUUUGCAAUCAAGUACUGCGUCGGUCAGGAUGAGUUCUGGGAUAAUAACAAUGGAAAUAAUUACAAAGUGCGACGACACCGGUUUAAAAUCUCUCCACCCCGGGAAUGGGAAAAUGGCUGGAUUCACUUCAUUUAAUGUAUUCUUUGUUUUGGCAUUCACAAGAAUACGCGCGUAUUUGAGCGGGUUAAACUGUGAUUUUGAGCGAUUGCCUUUGGGAUUCCCUUGUUGGGAUACAUAUUUUGAUUUUUUUUUUGUUAUUGACGUUCCUUUAAACGUAUUUGGAUGACAAGUCCCCUUAGGCGGAGAGCGCAUAAUGGGUAAUGUUGUGGUGGAACACGGCGAGCAUUUAGUUGAAAUUUUAAUAGUAAUUUUGUAUUAUUACUACAUCAGAAUUCUCAUAGGCCUGUCUUAAAUCGACAGGAUCGGGUUCUUAUGUAAUACCCCAAUACAUGCUGCUCUAUAGACGUCAGCAGAUCAAUUGAGCCUCCUGUAAUAACACGACGAAUAAUAUAUCGGUUAUAUUUAUUUGCAAUGGUUUCACAUCAUUUGCAUAAAAAAAAUAUUUUCAUCUUCUCCAACGCUUUAAAUAGCUUUAGGCUUCUAAACUGACCAUAAAAUGUCACGUUUCAGGAAAACGUGCCACGUGCCUCCAGUAAUGGAUAUGACGACAUAUGGAGCAUGCGUGUGUUUGUUUUUUUGUUUUUUUAAUGUAGCCAGAUAAUUUGAGCAUUGGACCGUUCAUAUGGUGUAAUCCUUUAAUUCACCUGACACUAAAUUCUAUCACAUAAUGAUCACUGUUUUGUAGAGUUAGUCAGGGAAACCUUUUGUGAAAAUGCCAUGAAAAUGGCUCACUCAGAUAAGCAGGAAAGAACAACAUGUACUAUUAAUUUUUACUGUAGGACAUACAUUUAAAAAUGUUAUGUUCUCGUGAACAUAAUUAAGUAUGGUGUUUAAAUAGUAUAUUUUCUAUUUGUGUUCAUUUCUCAUGUUUGUUUUUAUUAUGUGUUAAUUAUACUUAGUAGUUUGGAUAUGCCUUACCUUUAUAGUAUAAAACCAAGACCAUAUCUGUGGAUGCAUGUCAUGUAGUUUGGAGGUAACAAAUACAGUACUACUGUAUGCGCCUCAAAUCUAGAACAGUUACGUAGGCUCCAUUAAUAUUAUAAUGGCUGCAAACUCAUUGGGCUACAAAGUCUGCCUACCUCUUUCAAACAAUAUAUUUCCUGGAAGAAAUACCAAAACAUUUUCAUGAAAUGUCUUUACUGUAAUGGGUAAGGAUGUUAAGGUGAAGAAUGUAAGUGAUCUGAGGGAGGUUAUGGCUUCCAUUCUCUUUCUUUAAAAAAAAGUCUAAGAAGAUUCAAAAAUGGAAUUGGACUGCUGGAUAAUACGUGUAUACUUAUUUUUGGCAACUGUAGCCAUGCUGUUUCCAGUAUUUAAAGUCGAUGAAGUAUGCCACUUUUCAAAAAAAAAAAAAAAAAAAAGUUUCAGUUUUAACUGAAUGCUGUCUUUAUUUUCCUAACCAUCAUUUGUCACCAUGUGUAAAUAAUUAGCAGCUGAUUUGUGCAAUAAUUGGUUUUUUUUGGUGAGGAAUACAAGAAAUAUGUAGGUGAGUUUUUUUUAAAAAAAAAUUUUAAAUUUGGCUUCUGCUUAAAGGAAAGUGCUUUCUUUGUGUGUAUUAGCCAUCCAUAAGGAUGGAGAUGGCAAGGAAUUUACGUUACGGUUAAUAUAACAGUAUUGUCUCAUGCUGCUGUGUGUUGGCUGUCACAGACUCUUUUUCUGGUCAUGCAUAGCCUGGGCCCAGCCCAAUUUUCCUUAUAAGGACAAGGAGUGAAUGUGACCUUGGUAGAACAGAGCUUAAUGGGAGUGUUUCGUGCCAAAACCUCAGGACUGUGACCCCCUUCAGGCUCCGAGCUGAGGGCUCCUUACAGAACUGUGUGCUUUUCUAUAUUGUGUUUUCGUCUCGUAAGGCACAUUUUAAAGCAUUUACAGCAUUGCUAGGGUGAUGUUGGUUGUUAAUUUUUUCUUCCUGGUUUUAAAAUCUGUGACGGUCUUCUUUCAACAAAAACAGUUAGACGCUGUAAAUGAAGAAGUUGUUUUUAGGAAUUGUCCCUCGACUCUGUCUUGCCGAUUCGUUGUACUACUGCUGCUUGCACAUGUGCUUAGAAGUGUUAUGGUGAAGUCUUCUUGAGUUUGAAAUAUUUAUACACAAGGUGUUAUUGUGGUAUAAAUGACUGUGAAGUUAAUCAUUGAGUCAUCAUACUGGGAAAUUGUUUUGUAUAGACAAUGGGUGGUAGCUAAAAUAAUAUUAAAUUUGAGGAGGAUGUAAGUAAAUUUUUUUUGCCAUAGAAGGCAGGCCUUCUGGUUGCUUUUUCCUUACAAACCUAGUGGGACAUUGCUGGGAUCUUGAUGUCAUCCAGAAGUGCAAAUCAAGUGUAGCAGAUAUAUAAAUUUCAAAUUGACAAGGUAAAAUGUGCAAUGAUACAAUUGUCUUUAAAGCAAAGCUGAUGGCUGCACUUUAUUGAACUAACUCUUUUUCCAUUUGGCCAACUGAUUCCAUUAUUUUUUAAUUGUGUAAAUAAAAAUUGUAUUUGAAUUUACUGUUAUGCCUGAAAGAGCCUUUUCGGUGGGAUUUGGUGGGCGAGAUUUAUGAAAGUGUGGGCGUAAAACUGAUAAAUUUUAGCGUGAACCUGGUUUUAUGCUUUUGCAUGAUAUUGCACAUUUGUGAAAAAAAUACUGAAGUGCAAUAUGUAAUGAUGUUGCAGCGAAAUGAUUUCAGCAUCAAAAAUGAAACUUCCAUGGUGCAUCAGUGGGUCUCCUACGUACCUGAUUGAUUCACUAUUCAACUGCCAGUCAAUCUAUUGUCUCACAAAUUUUAACAUCAGAACUCAGCCUUUUUCUGGGUUAUAGCUUGAAACCUUUAUCGUCAAUGCUCAAAAUGAUUUAUGUUAGAUGACUAGGAAAUCUGUUUGUCUCUAAUCUUUUAUACUGAAACACAAGGCUACAUGCAAUAGGCAGUUAUGUGUAGUGGGUAGGCCUGCCUCCGCUCACCAGCUUUUGGUUUUGUGUCUGGAUAUUCUCUUUGUAUGUGGCCCCACAUCCUUCGGUUUGGAGGUGAUCGAUCUGGAAAUGACGGUGCUAUGUUUUGAGGUUUUUUUUGUUGAGUUGUGGGCAUGGGGGACCGCAGGUACCUCCUAGAUGACCUGUGCGAGUCUCUGAACUGGCUUUUAGGGUAACGGGUAAGGAAGGUUCGUGGCUUUUGAAAAUGAAAUGGCACCUUGACUUCUGAAAAGAGAAGGUAUCGAUUGUUUACCGAGCCGAGUAUAUUGGCUUUUGAUUGCAUGUUUUGUGUGGACUGAAUUUAGCUGUGGCAAUAGGCACCGUUCUGAAAGGCUAGGGAUGUACUGUGAGGGAGGCUGAAGAAUGGCAUUCAUAACCAACCACUUUUCUGAGACUACUAAUUAAAAUCUUUCAUGUUUAUGUUUCCUAAUGCUAAUGGUGCGGUCCUGUGUAUCGGAUACGUUUCACAUUUUCAGGAGUGAACGUGUAUCUUAUUAGGCCUAUAUUUGGUAGCAAAAGGUUGUAGAUAUUUUUUUUUUUUGUAAUCUAUGCAAACCUUUUCUCAGAGUUAAUGUCUUUUGUCUUUCUUUUUUUGAUGUUUCAUGGCUGAAUGCUAAACACUGUAUUUGUGCUGUUGGCAUGUAUAGUUAAAACAUGUAUGUUAUUUUUAUGGUGACUUUAGCUUACAUUUUGUUAAUACAACUGCAUUAAAGACCUUUGUGAUGGAAAUCCA